CAAGCGCCUGCGCAGUAAGCUACUUCUGACGUCAGUCGGCUUGUCAGGAGACUGGCGGGAGUUUGGGAUAUAGACUUUUGUGUUGUGACUAUACCGGGACCUGAGGGCGCUUUUGCUAAUGCGGAGACCAUAGUAUCACAACCCGAUGGAACAAGGCCAAGACCGAGUGGUUGCGCUUGUAGACAUGGACUGCUUCUAUGUGCAGGUGGAACAGAGGCUGAGGCCUGAGCUGAAGUACAAGCCUGUUGUUGUGGCGCAAUAUAAAACCUUCAAGGGCGGCGGCAUCAUCGCCGUUAGUUAUGAGGCCCGAGCAUUUGGUGUGACAAGGAACAUGUUUGCAGAUGAUGCCAAGAAGCUAUGUGCAGAUUUGCAGAUUGCUCGUGUGAGCAUGGCUCAUGGGAAAGCUGACCUAUCAAAGUACCGUGAUGCAAGUGUGGAGGUUAUGGAGAUCAUGUCGCGCUUUGCUGUAGUGGAACGUGCCAGCAUUGACGAGGCGUACAUUGACCUCACUGUUGCAGUGCAGAAGAGGCUUCAACAGAUAGGAUCUACCCCCAUAUCCAAGAGCCUCCUACAGAAUACUUUUGUGCAGGGCUUUCCGGAGGUUGUUCAUCAGGCCGAAGAGGAAUCUAGUGAGCUGUCAAAAGAGGAACUGCGCCGGCGCGGAUUGGAGCAGUGGCUGGAAUCGCUUCCCCUGGGGGAUCUGCAUAGCUCUGAGCUCCAGCUGACUGUGGGAGCCAUCAUCGUGGAGGAGAUGCGAGCAGCAGUAGAAAUGGAGACUGGCUUCCAGUGCUCAGCAGGGAUCUCCUACAACAAGGUGCUAUCAAAGUUAGCUUGUGGGCUAAACAAACCCAAUCGCCAGACUGUUGUACCCAAGUGCUCUGUACCAGAACUGUUCAACCAGUUGCCAAUCGGCAAAAUCCGCCACCUUGGAGGAAAGUUGGGUCUAUCUGUCAGCAAGAUCCUCGGGGUGGAGAACAUGGGGCAGCUGACCCAAUUUAGUGAAUCGCACCUGCAGAGUCACUUCGGGGACAAAACGGGGUCCUGGCUCUAUUUACUGUGCCGUGGGAUAGAGGAUGAGCCAAUCAAACCUCGGCAGCUGCCCAAAUCAAUUGGAUGCAGCAAGACCUUCCCUGGAAAAUCUGCACUGUCCACUCAAGAUCAGGUUCAAUACUGGCUACUGCAACUGGCGCUGGAGCUGGAAGAAAGAUUACUGAAGGACCGAGAGACGGUAAGUGUGACCGGCAGCCUUGCUACUGACCUUUUUGUGUCUCCUCCACUCAAUAUGCUUCAGCUCUCAGCCAGCAAAUUUGCACCAACUGCCACAUCUAACAGUGGCAUUGCCAGUUUCUUGAGUAAGGAAGCAACCUCUAGUCAGAAACAACCAGCUUCCCCAGAGAAAACAUCUUGUCCUGUGCUCCCCAGUAGCCCCAAGACACCACAGAACCAAAGAAAAGGGGCAGAAAAUAAAACGCCCAGCUCCAUCCAGCUGCUAUUCCAGAGAGCAGUAAAGAAGAGGGAAACUAGAGAAGAGGGAUCAUAUCUUAACCAUUCUGUGGUCUCUCCUGACUAUUCUCGUAGACCGGAUGCCGCAAGUGAGGAUACACCCAGGUCUAAAUCAUUCUUUAAAGUGAGUUCUCCAUUUCUGGCUGACGCCUGCACAGAUACUGAUUGUAAGCAGUCACCUGAUCCUGCUGAAGAGGUAAGUCACAGCAGUGACACGGAGCAGAUGACUGACAUAUCUGCAAGUUGUUCCUCUUACACAGACUCUGCUGCUGGGUCUAGUGUGCAUCCCGCAAGUGACCAGGAUUGUCCAUCAGGUCUAAACGAGGACAUGAUGAGCUGUGAGAAGUGUGGCCUCCGUAUGAUGGUGUGGGACCUUCCGGAACAUAUGGAUUAUCACUUUGCUCAGGAUCUCCAAGACUCCUUCACCAGCAAAAGUCCAGCUAUGGCUUUUACUCCUCUUAGCCCAGCCCUCACGCCCACAGCCAGACCCAAGAACAAACCCAAAAAUCAGUCGGGCCCCAGUGCUAAGCGCCCACGAAGCGAGAAUGGAAGGACCCUAGACACAUUCUUUACAAAAAAGCUGCAAUGAUAUCCACAUAUAUUAAUAUAUACAGCACAUAGCUGUUACAAAUAUAUGUUAAGUUUCAUGACCUGUCAUCAAGUGCCAAGAUAAAAUAUUAUAUUAUAUUAUUAUUCAUGCAAGAAGAAAUAUAUAAAACUGUUUAGCAGGGGAAUGUAAUUACAUGACUGGGUAUUGUGCUGAACCUAUGCCCAGAUUUGUGCCUUUUUAUCCCUGUACAAGACAUAUUACUUUCACAGCCAGAGACGACAUUAUUGUAGUAAUGAUAAUGCCCAAGAUUUUCCUUUUUAUGGCCUUUUAAAUAGAAAAUGGUACAUGACACCCAUCAAGAAUUUAUUUUAAUAAAAAAUAUUUAUUAUUGUAAUGGUCUUUCAUAAAUUCAUGUUCGCAUCAAACAAAAUAGUAGUGUAGACCAGAUAUAUAUAUAUUCCUACUUUUUUCAAAUAAAGAUACCAAGAGAACGAAGAAAAAUUGAUAAUAGGAGUAAAUUUUUAAAUUGCUGUUCUAUCCGAAUUAUGAAAGAAAAAUUGGGUUUACUACCCCUUUAACAAAAAGUUAAAACGAUAGAUUGACAGUUUAAAUGCCACUCUAUUAGAUAAUAGUUAGAGAUUGUGUCAAGUUUGCCAUCACUUUAAUGGGUUUUUCUCUUGCAAGGUGUAUCCAGUCCACGGAUUCAUCCUUUACUUGUGGGAUAUUCUCAUUCCCUACAGGAAGUGGCAACGAGAGCACACAGCAAAGCUGUCCAUAUAGCUCCCCCUCUAGCUCCACCCCCCAGUCAUUCUCUUUGCCGGCUCUAAGCACUAGGGUCUCUCUACGGGAGGGUAAAGUGAAUGUGGUGUUAAGGGGUUAAUCGUUUUGAAACUUGUGGUGCAAUCUUAUUAAGGCUUUAGGUACAUACUGUGAACAUUUCAGGAGAAUUGCUGCAUUUUUCACUGUUUUGUAACGUUUUUUUCUCAAAUUGUGUUUUUUAUUUGAUUAAAGUGAUUUCCAAGCCUGCUUGUA